UUCCAAAACUGCUCAAUCACUUUGGCAAUCCAAUCUCACAAGCAUGUCUGGUCAUGUUGUUUCUGUUCUUCAUGUUUAGGACGAAACGUGGGUGCUGCGGCUGCGGCUGCUGAGGUUAUGGGGGAAGUUACAUCUUACGCGGAAUUCACUUCAACAAGCUAAUCUCUUAUUCAUUGACAAACAGGUCAGUGUAUUAUUCCUUAUGGAAUCUUUCUCAAUAACAAUUGUCAAAAGAUUAAUUCAUUUUCCUUGAUUAUGCAGGAUCAGUUGGUUGAAGCCAUCAUUGGGCAAUGAUAUUUAAAUCGAUUUUUGUCAAGUCUUCAUGAGGGUCUUGUUUAUGGAGUAAUGUUGUUUGACAUCGAAGAGAACAGCUCUAUUCAGCGAGUGGCUAUGUCUGAUAUUCGUUUUUCGUUUCGUGCGGAUACCCUAUUGUAUGUCAUGGAGGACACGGGUGAUAUUGAGAAAUUCAGUUUCCGUUUCCUUGUUGUCAGGGACAUCCCUUAUGCAUGUGAGAAUCAAGCUUAUCUGCCGGGUAUGAGGUUUAAACCAAUAGCAUACUCAAAUAAAUGCAUUUUCGUUACACCCCACAUUAGUGAUGGCAAUUUCAACCCGCCCCGCGGGUAUUGCCCGACCUGACCCGCGAUUGGGGCGGGUAUUACCCGACCCGCAGUAGCGUGGGGUGGGGCAUGGGUAUCUACUUCCGACCCGCCCUGCCCCGCCCCGCCCCGUUCUAGACUCAUUUUAUCUCAAUUUCUUACAAUUUCUAUACAUAUUUCUCAUAUUUUGACUUGUCUUCAACUAGUUAGGGUCGCUCUUUCAACUUGUUAGACUCAAUUACCCAUUCUAUUUUCACUAUUUUUCAUUCUUAAAUUGUUCUACCCUUCGUUUUAUCGUAAAAAGUAAAAUUUACUUGUAUUUUUUUCGAAUAACAUGUAAGAGUGGGUGAUAGACCGUUAGUUACACAUGUUUUCACCCCUGUUCUUACACCGUUUGAGAGGUGGUUUCUCGUGUUUUAGACCGAUUUCACGCUAGGUUGUGCUUGUUUGUGAUAUUUCAGGUCCUGGCAAGUGAAUGAAGGUUUAGGAGCGAGUUCGGGGUCGAUUGGGUGAAGAUCGGGUGCGAGACAAGUCACAAAGGAGGUCACACGGGCUGCCCUGAUGAUCACACGGCCGUGUGAAGGAGUAGUCUGGCCGUGCGAGUUUCGCCGAGAGCAAACACGGGCAGAGCAGGACAUCCGCACAGCCGUGCAAGAGGCCAGUCUGGCCGUGUGGAAUUCUGCGUGAGCAAACACGGGCAAAAAGGAAGUUCACACGGCCGUGCCACUCUGGCCAUGCAAAGAGCCUGGAAUUCGAACUAAUUGAAACGCAGCGUUUUGACUCACACGGGCAACUGGGUAAGCCACACGGCCGUGCCACCCUGCCCGUGUGAGUCGGGAUUUUCUGCUUAAAACCCGAUUUUCAGCCAAAGGAGAACAGGAGAGCUGGGUUUUGGAUCCCAAACACCCAAGGGACGAACCAAAGAGAGAGAGGGCGAUUUGAGGGCAUUCUUGGAGUGGAGUUGGAGGAUUUCUUCGCCUUGGAAGCUCGAGGAACAAGCCCGGACUUGAAGACUGAUCAUCUGAAGAUUCUUACUGCAGUCUCUCUCUUCUCUAUGGAGUAACUUCCCUUCACUUAGGUUUUGAGGAACCCUAGCUAGGUUUGUUUGAUUGGAUGAUUGUAUGAGUACUCUGACUUGAUAAUCUUGAGUUCAUAUUCAAUCUAUGCAUGUUUUCAUGAUUCAAUUCUGCUUUAGUCGAGAUUAUUGAUUCUGCUUUGAUUCUAUGAGAGGGAAUACCUGAUUAGGUCAAUAGAGCACCAUAGAUUGAUAGUAGUGGAUCGAUUGCUUUAGUCGAGGGUUGAUUCACUACUUUGUAUCGAUUGAGAACCCCUUUUGAUAGAGGGAGUCUAGUUCAGAACGCCUUGAUCAGUUGUUCUAGAGAAGGAUACGUCCCUCUAGGCAAUUGACUCAAGAGGGCCUUGUUCCUUUAGUCGAGACUCAAGGUCUAGUCAAGGAUUCUCCGCAUUGUGAAUGAAAGUGAAACAGGUUAGAGAUCAUCAAUCGUUAAUCUGGCUAGUGGCUAGGGGGAAUCAUACCUAAGUGAGUUCCCAACCUGUAAUUAGAUUAACUUUAAUUGUAGUUUGCUAUAGUAGUUUUAGUUCUUUCAUCUUAAUCUGAUUUGCUAAAUAAUAAACUGAAGCUGAGUAAUAGUAACUCUAGAGACCCGUGGAUUCGAUAUUUAUCACUUGAGCCACUAUACUGCAGUCCCUUUCAUUGGUUACACUUGGCCUUUGUUAGGUGUUGUGUUUUAGAGCAUCAAGUUUUUGGCGCCGUUGCCGGGGACUUUCUAGAGUAUUAGGAAAGGCAGAAGUUUGUUACUUUAGCGUUUUUCUUUUCUUUUCCACCCUUGCUUUUCACUUGGGUGUUUUUGUUUUUGUUGGUGCAGAUCUGAAUCAUGGAUCCUAAUGGCUUCUCCAAUCAUUGGGGGUAUCCACCACCAUCUGGGUGGUAUUACCCCGAGACUCCGUGGAGCAAUCAAGGCGGAGAAUACUAUGGAUUCGGGUUCCAGUACCAACCCCCUUACUACGGAGAACAACCGGACCCUUGGGCAUAUCAAGAACAACCUCAUUACCAAGAAGAAUUUCUCCCACAACCAGAAGGGCCAUUGGAGCUGGAGUUACCCAUGGCGGCCUUCACGGGCCAUUCUGCAGAGCCAUGCUACACUCCACAGCCAGAUCCACACUAUGAUUUGAGGCUUCUCAUGGAGAGAUCAUGCUCCAGUAUGGAUCAUUGUGUCCAGGCCUAUCGUGAAACAGAGGGGAUCCUCCUGAGCCUUAAGAAGAGCGUCGAUGAUCUUGAGCGAUCUUGGGCGCAACCUGCUCCAGAUCACCCUUCUGCUACCAUACAAGAAGAUGAGGAGGAAGAAGAAGGCUACAAGGACAUUGUGGAGCACACUGAAGUUGUCACGGAGAGCUCCCGUGACGAUCAUGAUCAGGAGUGUCAUGUCAUAGCCGACCACACCUUCCCACACCCCAAACUGAGCUUUGAAGAGGCGGGCAUGAGUUCGGAGAUGCAAGAAGAUCUCAUGAAAGAAAUUGCUUGGCAACUUGCUCUCCAAUCCGUGCUAGAAGAAGAAGAGCAAGAAAGGGUGCAGAAAGAAGUUGUGGAGGAUGGCGAAAGUGAAGCUGGAGAAGUUCUUGAUCAUUUCCUAGGGGUGAUACCACAUGAAGAAGGAAAGGAGGUUGAAGAAGCAAUUGGCGUCCAGGCUGAGGACGGAGUUAAGGUGGAAGAGGCCUGCACCGGCCAUGAGUUACAUGUGAUAUCUCCACCAAACUUCGAGGAACUGCUUAGCAAGGACCCAUUUGCAGUGUCUCUUUGCCAGACCAAGGCCACCUCGACAUCGGUCCCUCUUGGUGGACGCGAUGGUGGCCAAUUGAUGUUGUCUUAUCUGGUUUGGGGCAAUGAGACGAGAGAAGAGAAGAAGAGGUCUCGAGGGUGGAGACUUCAUCUGCAUCAAGUACAUGAGCCUUCAUCACCUGCCACACCACAUGCUCGUGACUUGAGACUCCACCUCAUCGACGAGAACCUCAACUUCAAGGAGGUUCUAGCAUGGACCGAAACUUAGGAGCCAUCGUCCGGCUCACGACGUGAAAGAAGCGCUUGUUGGGAGGCAACCCAACCAGUCGGUUUGCAUUUCUUUCUCUAUUUCUCCUCGGUUGAGUCAGUUUUGCUAUUUGAUUUUAGAGUCAAUAACUCAACCUUUGUGAGAUUUUGUGUGGUGUUUGUGUUCUGAUUACUCUCUCUUUCUGGAUGGCACCGCCUGACCCGUUCAUCAUCAUUCACCCUUGAUCUGGUAACUUCGUUCUACCCUCCUUAUCUUUCCUCCAUUGAGGACAAUGUCGUGCUUAAGUGUGGGGGGAUGUUCGAUUAUGUAUGCGGGUGAAUGUUUGGCUGUUUGUGUGCUUGGAGCCUAGUCCACUGUCCAAAUUUUUAAAUUUGAGGGCUCUAAGUACGUGUUCCUUGCAAUUGCCUGCUCAGUAUGCUUUGAAUUGACAGUCUUUAUAGUAAUAUGCAACCUAGGGAGGUAGUGUAGCACUAUGGAGGAUGUUUAUGCAUUUAAGAAGUCUCAUGUCUUCUUCAUAUUGAGUUGGUUGAUUGAGUGAAUUAGUGAUCUUAGGACCCUUGAAUUGUGUGGUGUUGUGGAUUCUCUGCCUGUCAUGGACUCUUGUAUCAUGUUUUGAAAAUAACAGGUGCUCGAAAAUGUGCUUCAAAAUAAACGUCUCCCGUGAGAAUAGGGCGAAAGUGUGUAAGGGGAGACGGGAAUUCGUUCCCAAUUUCCACCUACUACCUCCAGCCCCCUUACAUGUCUUUCCCCCGCAUGAGGCUCGAGACAUCCGCUCCUGGCAUGGCCGGUAAGAGCAGGUUGGGACCCUUGAAAAAGAAAAAUAACAGAAAACAAGCAUAAUAGAAAGAAAAGGGGUUCCAACCAUCCUUAAGCAGAAAAUAGAGCACCUUGAAAAAUGUGAGUCCAUGAUCUGUUGUUUUUGAGAAUCUCUUCAUCCACAAUUCAUUUGUCCUCUGUUCACUAUUUGCCAUGAUGCCGACUCGCCGAAGAAGUUAUGAGAUGACUUGUGCGUCGGUUGACCUCGUAAGUUGCUAAAUGAUCUAGGAAGUCCUCUACCUACGAUCUGGGUUGUUUGUUGCUAUAGAGGUCUGGAGAGUUGCAUUGGUUUGAGUUAGGUUUGCUUGGGGACAAGCAAACGGUUAAGUGUGGGGGAGUUUGAUAGACCGUUAGUUACACAUGUUUUCACCCCUGUUCUUACACCGUUUGAGAGGUGGUUUCUCGUGUUUUAGACCGAUUUCACGCUAGGUUGUGCUUGUUUGUGAUAUUUCAGGUCCUGGCAAGUGAAUGAAGGUUUAGGAGCGAGUUCGGGGUCGAUUGGGUGAAGAUCGGGUGCGAGACAAGUCACAAAGGAGGUCACACGGGCUGCCCUGAUGAUCACACGGCCGUGUGAAGGAGUAGUCUGGCCGUGCGAGUUUCGCCGAGAGCAAACACGGGCAGAGCAGGACAUCCACACGGCCGUGCAAGAGGCCAGUCUGGCCGUGUGGAAUUCUGCGUGAGCAAACACGGGCAAAAAGGAAGUUCACACGGCCGUGCCACUCUGGCCUUGCAAAGAGCCUGGAAUUCGAACUAAUUGGAACGCAGCGUUUUGACUCACACGGGCAACUGGGUAAGCCACACGGCCGUGCCACCCUGCCCGUGUGAGUCGGGAUUUUCUGCUUAAAACCCGAUUUUCAGCCAAAGGAGAAGAGGAGAGCUGGGUUUUGGAUCCCAAACACCCAAGGGACGAACCAAAGAGAGAGAGGGCGAUUUGAGGGCAUUCUUGGAGUGGAGUUGGAGGAUUUCUUCGCCUUGGAAGCUCGAGGAACAAGCCCGGACUUGAAGACUGAUCAUCUGAAGAUUCUUACUGCAGUCUCUCUCUUCUCUAUGGAGUAACUUCCCUUCACUUAGGUUUUGAGGAACCCUAGCUAGGUUUGUUUGAUUGGAUGAUUGUAUGAGUACUCUGACUUGAUAAUCUUGAGUUCAUAUUCAAUCUAUGCAUGUUUUCAUGAUUCAAUUCUGCUUUAGUCGAGAUUAUUGAUUCUGCUUUGAUUCUAUGAGAGGGAAUACCUGAUUAGGUCAAUAGAGCACCAUAGAUUGAUAGUAGUGGAUCGAUUGCUUUAGUCGAGGGUUGAUUCACUGCUUUGUAUCGAUUGAGAACCCCUUUCGAUAGAGGGAGUCUAGUUCAGAACGCCUUGAUCAGUUGUUCUAGAGAAGGAUACGUCCCUCUAGGCAAUUGACUCAAGAGGGCCUUGUUCCUUUAGUCGAGACUCAAGGUCUAGUCAAGGAUUCUCCGCAUUGUGAAUGAAAGUGAAACAGGUUA